AUGAAUAAAUACACAUUAAUUUUUAGGGAUGAAAAUACUGAAAAAAAAUAUUAACAUUAGAAAAAAUAUGGACUAAAUAUAAUAAUUGGAGGAAUGGUUAUUAGUUUUAUCUUAAGGACCAUUAUGAAAGUAAUUAAUUUUGAAUGGGUGAAUACAGGAAUAAAUUUGGGAGUUGUGGCUAUGUUAAUUUUUUUGAGAAGUUAUUCAAAAUAUUACCUAUUAAAACGAUUAAGCCUAAUAAUUACAAAUUGUGGAUUAUCAAUUUUUACAUUUAUUUAUGAAGAACCUAGUAAUAAUAUGUAUUCUCAUUUAAGAGGUGCAAAUAGUGCUUUAAGUUCAUUAAUAAUUGUAUUAUCUGGUGAUUUUCCAGAAAGUGUAGUUUAAAUUAUAUUUAUAUAAGUAACAAAAGGAAUAUAUACAAUUUUAUAUAGCUCUUAAAAUGAAUAUGAAAUAUUAACAGGUAAUAUAUUAAUAAUGAUAAUAUUAAUAUAUUAUUUAUAUUUUCAUCAUAAAGCAAUAAGAUCAUAAUAUUUAUUAACUUUAGUAGAAUAAAAAUGGGAAAAUGUAUUAGAAAGUAUAAUAGAAAAUCAAUCAUAUUUUAUUAUUAAUUUUAUUUAAGAUACAUAUUAAUUUUAAAUAUAAUCUUAACAUAAUUGUGAAUAAUAUUUUUAUGAUAAAGAUUAUAAAACAUUUUUAAGAUAAUCUUAAAUUGAAAAAUCUAAUUUAGAACAUUAUUUCUUUUAAUAAAUAUAACUACAUUUAAAUAAUCAUAAUCCUAUUAAUUCAUCAAUUAUAUUUGUUAAAAAUUCAUUAUCUUUAUUUAAACUUAAAUAUUCUAUUUAUUUUACUACUUAACCUACUAUUUUAAUUAUAUUUGAAACUGUUUAAUAAUCAAAAAAUAGAAAUAUUAAUUUACUUUAUAAUAAAAUUAUAUUGUAUUCUAGGAUUUUAUAAAGAGUUAUCAACAACAAUUCAAUGAAUACUAAUAAACUCGUAAAGCUUUCAAAGUUUUUAAGGUUAGAAUCAAUACUGUAUAAAUUAGAAAAUAGAAAAUAUUCAAUACAUUAGAUAAAUUUAAAGCUAUUUCUUGAAAGAUUUGGAUUAAUCUAAGAUUCUAAUUUUGAUAUUUUUUGUAAGGAGAUUUAAUUAUAAACAAUACCUUGUAUAUUCAGUGCUCUAAUUUUAAUUAUAUAAUAUUGCUCGAAAACUACCCUUAAAGUUAAUAAUUUAAGAAAGAACAUCUCAUAUCGCUAUUAUGAGGAAUCAAAAUCGACAAUUAGAUUAAUUUUGCGAGGGAAUUUUUAAACAAAUAAAAUAUGUUAGUUGAUUUAGGAGUAUAAUGUUUAUUUUUUAACAAUAAUUAAUCAGUUGCAGAUGUAAAAUAAUCAAAGUAUAUAAAUUACUUUGAAUAAGGAAGCUUUUAUUCCAUUUAAGCUGGCAAGAAUUGAAGAAUGA